AUGUCAGCCCAGUCUAUUCUCAUUGAUGGUACCGACCAGGUCAUUGUCAUGGAUAUCGAGAACCUCCUGACUGGCUGGCCGACUUACGAGAUUAAGUUUACGCCUGAGAACCCGGGCCCAUUGAAACUAAUCAUCCGGCUCAAGGAUCCCGUCAAGAUGGUCCAUAUUGAGGAAUCUACCGAUAGCGAGGCGGAGUUAUUGAUACCAGGCAGUCGCAAAAGGAAAAGGUUCUCGGCCGAUACCAUCAAGCUCACUGAAGAUCUUGCAGGCCUCAAAAUCACGUCUCAGACUUCUGGAAAUAACACUGUCAAAGCGAGACCAGUGCGCUUAGUGGGAGCCUGCGAAGAUCCUCUGCCACAAAAACCCAGAUUCGACAGUAGCACUCAUUGGCCGCCCCGCCGCCAUCUCCAUUUCAGGGACGUGGAAGAUAAGGAUUGCAUUGCCAGUUUAGAUGUUUUAAUUAAUCAUUAUUUUAAGAUAUCGCAUAGACGUGUCGAGGUUUCCCAGCGUGUUCUCGAAACACCACGUAGGCAUCACUCACUGUCAACCUCCAGUAGCUCGUCAUCAGACAGCAAUGACUCGAUGAUGAGUCAGUCACGCUCCACUUCGCCACCCAUGACUUCGCCAAUGCAUGAAGAACCGAAACGGAAGAAAUCCCUGCAAAAACGUGCGAGGGAAUCAUCAGAUAGCGACACCGACACGAAAAAACCCAAAAAACGAACAAAGAAACGUAAAGACUCAGACUCGGGCAACAAACCCAAACAGAAAGGAAUGUCACUGCAAGAGCAAUGCUUACACGUUGCACGUUGGAUACCCCGAGGGGUAGACAUGUUUUGCAAACUUACUGAUGUCUUUCGGGUCGCACCUCUUGUCGAGCAGCGAGAAGCAGCCGAAAAAGCAGACCAUAUUGAGGACGAACAAAUAACCACGGCUGCCCCAUACCUACUAACACUGGUCAAUGGUAACAAGAAGAAGCGGCGAGAACUUGAGGGACUUCUCACUGAGAUGCAAAUGAUUAUCGGACAAGUUCGUUCGGAGGAUGCUAGCCAUCUGAAACCUGUCAUUGGACAGUAUGCAGCAUAUGACCCUGACGACAAAGAUCUGGAUCCUCCCAUUCGUGCUAAUAAUCAACGAACAUGCCAAAAGUUGGAAAACGGAGAUAUCAAGAUGCGUACAUUGGUCUGGCCGGCCAUGGUAUACUCUGGUAAGAUCGCUGGGGAACAUUUCAACCCUCAGCUGGUGCAGAACGGGCUAUUUGAAGGAUACCUUCUCGAGCGAGUGAUGAGGCAUCUCUUCACAGGACCGUCCUCCGCUCUUUGCACAGACAGUGAAUCUGUUGGGAUGUGUCCAUGUAAUGCACGUCUCCAUAAUAUGAUGGAGGUAGAAGCAGAGAAUAUUGCAUAUGGUGUGAUUCAGAGCCGUUUCGCCAUUGGUUCACGCGACAAGUGGAAGGAAGAAGACGGCACUUACAAUUACCAAGAUGUGUACUAUCGGAUCAUUUCGACAAUCCGUGACGCCCCAGACCCUAGUUGGGCAAAGGCACUGCACGAACAUUGGAACCUCAAAUUGUUCAAAAACAAACUUGGGCUUCGCGCCUCAUCUUCCACGAACACCACCGAUGAUGAUGAUGAUGACGACUUCGCUCUAAUGCGAAAGCAGUAUGAGCAGAGGCUUGCAGACGAAGCCACUGCGCAGAUGGUUUCUUCAGAUUCUGGUCCUGGUGGAGAGGAGCUGCCUACUCCACCAAAGAGUCCAUCUGUUCCUGUCACUGCAUCUGACGGCGCUAAAUCUAGCACGAGUCUGCCACCUGAGAUUCCACCUCCCAGCCCGGAUCCAAAGCCUCAGGAAUCUGCGACAUUCGAAAAGCCCGAGGAGCAGGUAGUAUCUGCUAAGGAACCAGCCAUUAAUGAUUUCAGUGAUCUUAGUGAGCCUGACGAACUCGACGAAGAACCCCAGCCACCAAAGUCCAAAGCCAAGAGGGGCCGUAUUCGUAAGGCUGUUGUACAGUCACCGUUACCAGCACCAAAGAAGGCCAGGACAAGCCGCAAGAAGAAAUGA